AUGGCACCUGCUAUUGGAGGUCCCCAAGGAUAUACCCCUCCAGAAGGAGGCUGGGGAUGGGUUGUGGUUAUUGGAUCCUUCAUCUCUAUUGGCUUCUCUUAUGCAUUUGCCAAAUCAAUUACUGUAUUCUUCAAAGAAAUUGAAGUCAUCUUCCAUGCCACUUCUAGUGAAGUCUCAUGGAUAUCUUCCAUCAUGUUGGCUGUCACUUAUGGAGGAGGUCCCAUUAGCAGUAUCCUAGUGAACAAGUAUGGUAGCCGGCCAGUAAUGAUGCUUGGUGGCUGCCUAUCAGGAUGUGGUUUGAUUGCUGCCUCAUUUUGUAACACCGUGAAAGAGCUGUACUUCUGUGUUGGAGUCAUUGGUGGUCUUGGACUCUCCUUCAAUUUAAAUCCAGCUUUAACCAUGAUUGGCAGAUAUUUCUUCAAAAAGCGUCCAUUGGCAAAUGGGUUGGCCAUGGCAGGGAGUCCUGUAUUUCUCUCUACCCUGGCACCCAUGAAUCAGGCUUUCUUUGGCAUCUUCGGCUGGAGGGGCAGCUUCUUAAUUCUUGGGGGUUUGCUACUAAACUGCUGUGUAGCUGGAGCGCUUAUGCGACCAAUAGGACCCAAACCAAAUGCAGUGAAAAAAGAAAUAUCCAAAGAAUCUCUACAGGAAAUAGGGAAAUUGGACUCAAAAAAAGGGGCUGGUGAUGCAAAUACAGAUCUUAUUGCUGGAAACAGUAAGCAAGAGAAACCGAAGCGGUCAUUCUUCCAAACAAUUAAUAAGUUCCUGGAUUUAUCCCUCUUCAAGCAUAGAGGCUUUUUGCUGUACCUCUCUGGCAAUGUACUCAUGUUUUUUGGAUUAUUUACUCCCCUAGUUUUUCUUAGUAAUUAUGCCAAGAGCCAGAAUAUAUCUAAAGAGUCUUCUGCCUUUCUGCUCUCCAUUUUAGCUUUUGUCGACAUGAUAGCCAGACCCUCUAUGGGACUUGUAGCCAACACGAAGUGGGUGAGACCUCGAGUGCAGUAUUAUUUUGCUGCCUCGAUAAUCUGUAAUGGUGUAUGCCAUCUGCUGGCACCCUUAUCUACCAGUUAUGCUGGGUUUUGUAUCUAUGCGGCAUUCUUUGGAUUUGCAUUUGGCUGGCUUAGCUCAGUAUUGUUUGAAACACUAAUGGACCUUGUUGGAACUCAGAGGUUCUCCAGUGCUGUGGGUUUGCUGACAAUCAUGGAGUGCUGUCCUGUUCUCCUGGGGCCACCACUUUUAGGUCGUCUCAAUGAUAUGUAUGGGAAUUACAAAUACACGUACUGGGCCUGUGGAGUUAUCCUUAUCGUGUCAGGCAUCUACCUUUUUAUUGGCAUGGGCAUCAAUUACCACCUUUUGGCAAAAGAACAGAAAGCAGAGGAAGAACUGAGAAAGGAAGGAAAGGAGCAAGAAACCAACAUAGACAGCAGCGAGAAGCCGAAAGAGACCAAUAAAGCUGUGGAAGCUGUCCAGCAGACACCCCCGGAAGAAAGUCCCAAAGAGGAGGAAAACCGCAUUUAAGACAAGCACUGCUGGGGUGGAGAGGGAGGAAAGAGCUCAUAUCCCGAAAUAGCCUAAAAUGGUCUGCUGGCUGACUGAUAACCAGUGGUGCUCAAUUCAGAAAAGGGGAUUUCUGUGGGAAAUUGUACCAGGUGUUCAUGAAAUUCUUCAGUUUUGAGUGUUUUCCUUUUAUAUUUAAUAUCAUUACAAACAAAAUCUGCCAUAUUUUGGAGGGAGAGUUAAGGAUGAGGGAAGGAACUAGUUUUUAUAUAUUGGAUUUUAAUAGUGACUUGAAGAUACUUAUGUGCCUUAAAUGUUUGUCUGUAGACCUCCUUAUAAAGCCUUAACUUUUAAAAUAGUUUAGUUUUAUUUUGUCUUUUCAAAUCAUUUUUUAAAAAUCAGGCAACAAAUACCUGGAAGAAAAAUCCACAAAAACUCCAUGUGAUGAUUAAGGCAGCAGUAUGAGUGUUGAUCCCUGCUUCAGGGAACUUUUGUCACAUUCUGUCAGACCCAUUAUCCCGGGGAAGUGUGUUGGAAGGGCUGGGGCAGCCCUCUGAAGUUAUCCUUUACUGUUUGACAUUUUGACUUGUAUGAUUUUUUUUGCCUCCCAUCCACAUUUUCUAACCACCCCCAGAUCAUUCGGGAUAGAGUUCUUAAAAAGUAUGUUUUUUUCCUUUAACAUGACUUGUAUUUCUCAACACUCCUCAUUGUUUUUUGGUUAUUUUUCCCAGGGUUGGUAAUUACAAGUUAAAUGUGCUCAUGGGAGCAUCUUUUUGAAACACUAUUCUCAAAAUUCACUGUUUUUUAGAAGUAUAAAGUGGAUAUUUUCAACUCUACCCCACUUUGCCCUCACUUUUGCAAUCAUUUGUAUUAUUUCCCUUUUUUUAAUGUUAGAAAGUCGAAUGUUUUAUGUCGUUCUUGAACAAGUCUCUGUCUUUGGGCUGCUUGGUAAACACCCCGACUUCCAUUAAAUGUAGAGAGUGGCAUUUGGAGGAAUGACUGAAUUUAGCUCACUGUUUGUUUUUCCCCAAAACCUCAGUUAAACUUAGUGAGCUGAUUGGAAGCAUUUUUUUCUGGCAACUUUACUUUUUCUCCAUUCACACUGGUCCCCUUUUGCUCUGCUAGCUUUAAGCAGUGUGUAAGGUAUUAUUUUGCUUGAAAGUUUUUCCAUGUUUGCAUACUAAAUGGGGCCAGAGGAAUUUGGCCAUGCAAGCUAUUGAAGAGAAGUGGGAGGGAAUUUGCUAAUGUACUUAAUCCCAGUGAAGACUUUCACUGGCUUUCUCAUUAGACUUUAAAGCAAAUUAAGAUAAUUAGUCAGAAACAAUUAGGUUCCUUCUCUUUCCAACUGGAACUCUAAGAGUUUGAGAGCCUACUUAUUUACUUACCUUAAAGUUAGAGAAUUAAGAGUUUGGGUGGGGGGGAAGGCAGAGAAAUAUUUCCCUGUUUGUCUUGUAUACUUGGAGAAAGGAAGAGACUGAUAAAAAGGCAUUCAGUGAAUAGAAUUUUCUUAGAGUAAGUGACAUAGUGGAAGUGUUGAUCCAAAACCUUGUAAAAGGCUAACUUUUCCAAAUAAAUACUUUUUUAAAAAAUAAUUCAUUUACCAAGUUCUGGUUUGUCUGUAGGAACCUGGGUCUUUAAUUUUUUAUAGCCAAGUUCCAGUGUGUCACUUGUCAAUAUUAAAGUAACUCAUGCCAGCUUUUAUGUGCCUUGGGAGUUUGUUUAUAUGGUGUCCUUCAUUUUUUCAUUCUCUGCACUCCUUAUGUUAAGGUAGGCAGACAUGAGGUACUCUUUCUUUCUUCCUUCCUUCCUUUCUCUCUUUCUUUUUUUCUUCCUAAAACAUUUUCUCUCUUAAUCCAACAGCAUUCAGAUCAGUUAGCUUUCAGGGCAAGAUGCAGAACUCACUUUUCAAGUAGAAUGCUUCUAUGAUUAGCCUCCAUUCCAUUUCCCCCUCCCCAGAAUAUGUGUUCAGAAACAAAACUUAAAUGACUAAAAAGCAUAUGUCGUAAUUUUUGUUAGAAUCACAAGAAUUUGGGGGGGAAACUAUGGAAAAGAGGCACUUAAUAUAUUUUUCAAAGCAGAGAUGAGUUGUAUAACGGAUAACAAAAAUGAAGGUACUUCUGUGUAGUUUUGUAGCAACUUAAACCAAAAGGGGCCUUGGAGACCAUCCUGUCAAAUACUCCCAUUUUAAAGACUCAGAAACAGGCCCAACAUCAGGCAGGAAGUCGUUAAGAGUGAUGGAGCUAGAACAGGUUUAGCUCUCAGGGACCUCUUCUUUUUCACUGUACUAUACCUCCUAGCCCUCAUAAUUACCAGUUACCUCUUUGUUAUAAAUCAUACAAAGGCUGCUGAUGCUUUCUGUCCCACUAUGGAGGCUUUUGAAUGUAGGAAUUCUUAAGGCAUUGCAUUUGACACAAUACUACCUAUUGCUUUAGGUUUAGGAGAAGAGAUACGUCUACACAAGUUCUUAUCAGUCUGUCCACUUCUCCCUUUUUUCUUCCAUUCCCCAUAUUUCUUCACAAAGCAUAGAAAAAAGGCAAAUUUAUUUGUUUAGUUGCAGUGCCAACCUUAAAAGAGAAAUCCCAGAAGCCUCUUUUUGGCAGUACUUUCAUCUCUAUGCCUAGGGUGGGGAUCCAGGUGCCCAUCAUGCCUGCUCAGUAUCAGUUUGUAAACUUAAAAAAGAACAAAAGCAAUGUUGAAAUUAGUUAAGAAUAGAAUCAUUCAGUCAGCUAAGGUCAGUCAGCUAUUAAAAAAUUUUGAGGAAAACUCAUCAUUUUCUUUUAAUGAAUGACUGUUGAACUCAGUAGAAGCAAAAUGGAAUCUUUUCUCUGUCUGAUGUGUAAAACAACCAGAAAAAGACUAAAAGUUACAAACUGUUGACAAAUUAUACUUCAAUUCUACUGAAAAUUUGGAAUUUUCUAUAAAUUCUGCAUGAGAAUGGCCAAUAUGAAUUAUUAGCUUGUACAAAAAAGUCCUUUUGAAAGAGAUUAUGAAAAAAACCAGAGAUAUUCUAUCAAGUGACCAUUUCUGAAAUUUUUGAGCUUGACCCAGAGACAGUAUUAAAUGGUAUAAUGUGAAUAAUUCUCUGGUCUUGAUGGCUGACUGGAUUACUAGUUUUAUGUGUACUGUAAUUUAUAUGUGUGUAUUUUUAUCAUUGUCUUCCUAAAUUUUACAAAAGGAAAAAGGACUAUGGGUUGAGGGAUCUGCUUUUUGAAGCCAUUUAAUGUUUUGUAUGAAGCAGUGUUUUAUUGUAUUGAAUUUUGAACUUGUAAACUAGAUAUGUUUUAGUUUCAAGAAUUUAGGUUUUUUUCUCCCUUAGUAAACAGUUCUCACAAUACAAUAAACUUAGCGAUAAUUA